UUUGGAUGGUUCUAGGUGCUUUUCUGGUCCAAUCCGAAAUUGGGUCCACAAAAGCUGCACUUUUGCACUUUCUUUCUCCCUCUCCACAUUUCUUCCCCCAAAUCGUCUUAGAUUUGCUAUUUUUUCCUAUUUUUUCCUUAAUUUUUCUGCUCUUCGCCACAUCGUAGUUCAUUGAGUUCAGCUGCUGGAGAGGUGAUUUGUGUGGAACUGUAUAAAUUUUAGAAGUUGGAUAGUUAGGCCUUUACUGUUUCGGAAUUACAAGGAGAAGAAGCUAGAUACAUAUCUAUAAUUGUACUGAGAGAGAGAGAGGAUGAAGAGAGGGAAUGACGGGGAGAAGAUUAUGAGGCCUAUGUUUCCUAGGUUUCAUGUAAAUGAUACUGAGAAGGGAGGGCCAAGAGCACCACCGAGGAAUAAGAUGGCUUUGUAUGAGCAACUUAGCAUCCCUUCACAGAGAUUCCGCCAUAACGUGCUGACCCGUAACCCAAGUGAUAACACAGCCAGUUUGGUGUCUCCGCCGAGCCAGGGUGGUCGAAAUGAGAGGGGCAUGUUUUUUGCUCGGCAGCUACAACCUAUACACCCAUCUCAGAUGCAGUACAGCCAGCAUUCUGAAUUAAGCACUCCAUUGGUACAAGUGGAGCAAAGAAAGAAAAUUGACGAAGAUGACUAUGUGGUCCCUGUUUUCAUCCAGCCCGUACCUGCAGCAUAUGACAAAUAUAGCAAUGACGUAUGCCCGGAGAAGUUUUCACCCUCCAAUCCUCCUUAUUUGCAUCCUGCUUUGAAGUUCCAAAAGACCAAAGGAACAGGCAUGCUUGAGCAUAGUGCUGGACAAGAAGAGGGAAGCAAGAAGGGAGAGAAUUCAAAUGAGUCUGUGGCUGGCCAGAAGAAAACUGUCUCGACUAUUAGUCAUGAACCAGGAACUAGAUUAAGGACUGAUGAUAGUGGACAACAAGAGCUUUGUGCUGAGACACAACUUUACAAUGCUACUCAGAAUACUGAUGCUGUGGGUGCUAACGCAGCAGAGGCUGCAAAAACAAAUUCAUCUGAUUUCGAGGAAGCUUCACUGUUAGGAGAUGAUAAUAUCAUCUGUGAUCUUAGUGAUGACACGGGGUCUCAUGAAGAUGAGUCUUGUAGGCCUCCACAAACUGGGAGCUUGGAGAGGGGUGACAGUCUUUCGGAAUCAUCCAUUUUGGAUACAGAAUCUGCUCUGGAUAUAACACCUGACGAUGUUGUAGGUAAAUUAGGCCAGAAACAUUUCUGGAAAGCAAGAAGAGCUAUCAUGAAGAUGCAUAGCGUCAAUGGAGAAUUCUACAAUGUGGGAUGCCCUGUGGGUCAAAGCUCUCCUGCUUUAAUUGAUGUUGGUGUAUUACUUACAUUACAUCCCGGUGCUACUUUUGUUGUAUUUUUCUCCUCGUUGAUCAACUUUCACGAUUUUAAGAGGAUAUUUCUGACUAAUAUCUAUCCUAUUUUCAGUCAGCAAAGAGUUUUUGCAGUUCAAUUAUUUGAGUUGCAUAGAUUGGUAAAGGUUCAGAAAAUGAUUGCUGCAUUGCCAAAUCUUUUGGUUGAGGACUCGGUUAUCUUCGACAAACCGUUAAAACCGAUACUAGGGAAGAAACGGCCUCUGGAUUCUACCAUGAAUGCAGUUUCAAAUGCUUCAGAGGAAAAAGGCAACUCAGAUAAUCCAAGUCACAAGAAUGAACGCUCUGCUGAAAACACUCCUGAGAAACCAAAUUCAAGCUACGGGCCGUCUGCUAACAGCCCUCCAUCACCUCCAGCCAUCACAACCAACGACCAUAGCAAUGCUCGAACGCCUGUUUUCAAUCAUCCGGAGGGGCACCAGUGGUUGAUUCCUGUGAUGUCUCCUUCAGAAGGACUGGUAUACAAGCCGUAUCCAGCACCUGGAUUUCCUGGCCAAGGCUGUGGGGGCCUCGGCCCUCCUAUGCCAAAUCCGGCAACAGCUAACUUCUUAGCUCCGAUAUUUGGAGUCCCCACACCAAUGCCGCAAUACCCGUUUCCUCCAUUCCCUGCGUAUGCACCUCAUGGCUACUUCCCUUAUGGCAUGCCGAUGAUGAGCGCGAUAUCAACCCUCCCUGUUUCAUCCAUGGAGCAAGUGAAUCCCCAUUCCGUGCCCGGUCAUUUCUCGUCCCUGGAAUCUGCCUCCACCAUGCCAACUCAGGCUCAGGGACCCGUUCCAGACGGGCUGGGCCGACGUGCAGCUGAGGGGUUUGAAGUGCAAGGGAGCAGUUCAAGCAGCCCGAGUGAGAGACAGCCGAGUACCAGUAAGGUGAAUAGCAGUGUGGGUGGAACAAACAUUCUUCCAAUACUCCCUAAGUCGUCUCUGGCUAAGCCAACCCCUCGGGUUCGCGCGCCCCGGGUGAUCAAGGUUGUGCCACGCAACGGUGUAUCGGCGUCUGAAUCUGCUGCAAGAAUUUUCCGGUCCAUUCAAGAAGAAAGAAUGCAGUAUGAUUCAGUGUGAAAUUUGCUUAGCAAUCCUUUUUUUGUAACUUUAUUUCAUAACGGUUAAUAUCCGCAAAUUGUUGAAAAUAUAUACAUCUGCCUCUGUGUGUGUAUAUAGGAGUAUUAUGCUACUACCAUUUUAUUUGUGCUCUA